AUGCCCCUCGACUUGCUGACAAAUGCUACCCUGCCAACAGCGACUACAACUGUUCUUAUUAAUGUAACGUCUAACCCAAAGCCAAUCCAUCCGGUGGCCACUAUUGUCGGCAGUGUUCUUGGCGCGAUGCUACUCGUCCUGACCGUCCCCAACGCCCCCCUGUGGUACCGCCGCUUCCGGAGCUCCGGUAUAAAAUCGGAAAGCGAACCGGAUACACAAUCCCGACCAUUCGAAAUCAACGUCCUAUCAACGCCCGCCCCCUACCAUGAUGUUUUGGUCGCCGCUGAAAGCCACAAGCCCGCUCUUCCUCAGGGGAAAGCAAUUCCCCAGGCAUUCACUCCAAUCCCAUUCUCCCCCAUCCAAGUGCCAAGCGGUAUGAGCUCCAGAAGUGUGAUCAUCGACAACGCAGAUGCUCAAGUCCAGUAUUCUCCUGGAUGGCAAGCAAAUGGCUCACCUAACGAGUACAAACGCACAACCAGCAACACCGAGACACAAGGCGCAUCUUUCACGCUCAAAUUCGUCGGAACCUCCGUAGCGGUAUACGGCACUUUGGAUACCGUUUCACUUCCUAACACUACCUACGUCUUGGAUGGUGGCAAUCCUUUCCCCUUCUUCGGUCAACCCCAACCGCAAAUUCAAUACCAACAAGUAUUCUACACCAGUCCCUCUCUCCCAUAUGCGGAACAUACUCUCGUUGGAUCGUGCGCCAACGGGGGCGGUCGAGUGAUUCUGGACUAUUUUGUGGUUGAGAUACCUCUCGAAAAACCAACCAACACCAGUAUGCCAACCACAACUUCGACUGUUCCCACAACUCUCGACUCGAAACCAACACCACCGACUACUGCAAUUGUCGGUGGCGUUCUUGGGGGGUUGCUGCUUUUGAUGACCAUCUUGGCCUCAUACCUGUGGUAUCGCCAAUCCCGGGGUAACGGUAGAAGUACCGAUACGAAGCCAUCUUUCAUGAACGCUGAACCAGACGCACAACUCCGGCCAUUGAACGCGCCUGCUAUGGCUUCCUCUUCGUAUAUUACUACGCAGCAUGAAACACCUUAUCAUAAUUCCGAAGCCUCCCAUCAAAAUGACGUUAUAUCGACCAUCGAAAGACACAAGUCCCCCCAUGUGAGCGAUAUGAGCACUAGAACCUUGAUCGUGGACGACGAGGACACCCAGAUUCAAUACUCCCCUGGUUGGCGACCAACGGGUUCACCAAACGAAUAUAAGCGUACGACCAGCUUCACUUCGAUGCAAGGCGCAUCCUUCACACUGAAUUUCACUGGGACAUCCGUCACGGUCUACGGUACAUUGGAUGUUACGACAUUUCCUAACACUACCUAUGUCCUGGACGGCGGGGAUCCCUUUCCCUUCUUUGGGAUACCGAAAUCAGCUAUCCAAUAUCAGCAAGUAUUCUAUGCUAGCCCGCCUCUUCCGUAUAGGGGGCAUACGCUCGUUGGAUCUUGUGCAGAUGAGGGCGGUCGGGUGAUUCUUGACUACUUUGUAGUCGAAAUUCCUCAGGGUGUGCCCCCGAGUCCGUCGUCGCCGUGCAGUCAGUCGUUGCCGUGCGUCACAAAUUCAAAACCAACCAUCAUAACUGGUGCAGUCCUCGGAGGACUGCUCCUCGUGAUGACUACCUUGGCCCUCUACCUGUGGUACCAACAGACCAGAGGCGUUCGCACGAAAUUGCCGAGUGCCACCGAAUUAAACACACAAAUCCAUCCAUUUGAGGCGUCCGAUAUGCCUUCGUCAUCAUCUAAUACCCUCCACAAUGUUUCUGUCUCCGUCGAGAGUCAUAAGUCGCCUCUCCCGCAGUGGCAUCGGCUUCCACCAUCACAACCUCCAUCCUAUACGACGUAA